CAGAGUCCCUCUUCCCUACUGUGUCGAAGACCCAUUCAUUGGAUAUCUGUACAUGGUCAUGAUGGCAAAUCUCGAGGCAACUGGAGGAGGCGAGGGUGUGGAAUGGCUUAAAAACGAGCCAUAUGAUAACACUGAUGGACAUUGGGAUCUGAAGAUCGACGGAUACUCUGUGCCCAAGAACAAGGGACAGUACACUCUGAAACAUUACCUUGUGGCUUCCAAAGUCCCUGGUUGGCUUACGAAACUUCUGCCUGCAGAGGCUAUGAUUCUUGAGGAAGAAGCUUGGUGCUCUGACGAUUACCGUUAUUCCGUUUUCACGAAUGGCUAUUUAAGUCGUCAGAAAUUCCACAUCAUCUUGGAAAUGAAGAUUCUCAAGAAUGAUAAGGGUGAAAAUGACAAUGUGUUUAACCUUUCUGAAGAGGAAAAGAAGCAGCGCUAUGUGGAAUUCUACGACAUGUGUGACGUUUAUAAGAGUGAAACGAUUCCAGAGUCGGAGGAUCUCACCAAGUUGAAGAUUGACAACAUUCCGGGAAGUCCCCUGCAACCAGGGUGGUAUAAGAACUGGGACAUCAAUAACAUGUCCUGUCAAUACUGGCUACUUCACAUCGACUUCAAGUUCUUCGGUUUUCAGACCAUUGGUGAGAACAUGGUGUACAAUCAGCAGUGUUACAUGAAUCGCGUGUGUGAACGCCAAAUGACGAGCACGAUUGACAAGUGGAAGAAUCUGACGAUUGAGGACAUCCGAAAAAUGGAGAGCGAGAACAUGGAGGAGCUGAAGGAGAAGAUCAAGUCAAAAGAGAUCGCCCUGGCGUAAGACUCUAUGUCUUUUUGUUAGUUAUGUAGGUUUACUGCGGGAGUAAAUUAAGAUGGUUUGGGUCUGUC